AACAUAACGGUCGUGAUUAUAAAUAAAUAAAAAAAACACACCGGAGGCGCUGUAAUGAGAGGAAGAAUCCAGAAACAAAUAUCGAAUCGAUAAUUAGGUAUGGGUUGGGUCUGGAGAGACGACGAUGCAUCCUCUUCCAACGCCGGUAGGAACGAUGUCACCAAUCAUCAACCACCCGAAGAUCCCGCCGCCGACGUUAAUUGCUCCACCUCCACGGUGGUUAGAUCGAAGUGCAAGACGGAGGAGGUCGAGCCUGGGAAGUUCGUGAGGAAGUGCGACAAAACCGAGGAGAUCCUCCGCCACUGUUUCGGAAAGCCAUCUGAAGUUGUUCAAUCCACCACAGAGCACACAGAAGAAGAUGUCACAGACCAGAUGGUACGUGGAUCUUCUCUCCCAAACCAGUUCGAGGAGAAUCCCCUAAACUUCCCAGGACUCCGCAGCGAUCUAGACGACAUCGAACGCCACUUCUUUACCGGAAUAAAAGGUUUCUUCGAAGCAGCGGAAGAGAUGAGAAGCAGCUUGUUUGAUAUCAUGGGAGACCGAGACCAUCACUCAACCUCCAGGAGAGGGAUACCCAUCGAAGACCAUCCGAAGAUAGAGGAGCAUCGCAGCAAAGACGAAAACGCCACUAGUCAGCCAUUCUCCUCGGGAGAAAUUGAUCUCGCGGGCUUGGCCAAGGACGUUUGAGAAAGAGUCUCCUUCAUCAUCUCCUUGUUCUUUCUUUGCCAUAUACAAAAAAAAAAUCUUUAAUUAUGUAAUGUGACUUUUAUUAGAGAAACGUCUAAUGUUAGCGGCAUCCACGUUUUUUUGCUUAGUCCUCAUCUCUAAUUCUAUAUCAUUAAUACUAUGUUUUAAUAUGUUUGUCUUUUUUAAUCUUACCCAAGUACCAACCAA